GAAAAUUCAGCCAAUCCGCCUGCGGGAAUGCCUCCUGCCUAGCCAAUAGGAAGAGCGCGCCGUACGUAAGACCGCCCAAUGGGGGCGCGAGCGGCGCGAUAUUUGAAUCCUGUAACAAGGCGACAUUGCGAAGGUCUUAAGCGGUGCGGGCCGGAGUGUGGAGCUAACGGCGCCGCGGAAAUUGGUGUCCUCCCUCUCCGGUCCGCGUCCCUCCCUGGGCCGGGCUGGCAUUCUUGCCUGCCCCUUCCCACAUGGCGCUGCUCCGACGCCCGACGGUGUCCACUGAUUUGGAGAAUGCUGACACUGGAGUUAAUUCUAAAGCUAAGAGUCAUGUGACAAUCAGACGGGCAGUUUUAGAAGAAAUUGGAAAUAGAGUUACAACCAGAGCUACACAAGUAGCUAAGAAAGCUCAGAACACCAAAAUACCUGUUCAACCCACCAAAACAAAUGUCAACAAACAACUGAAACCUACUGCUUCUGUGAAACCAGUACAGAUGGAAGUGUUGGCUCCAAAGGGUCCUUCCACCCCACAGGAGGAUAUCUCCAUGAAGGAAGAGAAUCUCUGCCAAGCUUUCUCUGAUGCCUUGCUCUGCAAAAUCGAGGACAUUGAUCAUGAGGACUGGGAGAACCCUCAGCUCUGCAGCGACUACGUUAAGGAUAUCUACCAGUAUCUACGGCAGCUUGAGGUUCUGCAAUCCAUAAAUCCACACUUCUUAGAUGGAAGAGAGAUAAACGGACGCAUGCGCGCCAUCCUGGUGGACUGGCUGGUGCAAGUCCACUUCAAGUUUAGGCUGCUUCAGGAGACUCUGUACAUGUGCGUCGCCAUCAUGGACCGAUUUUUACAGCUUCAACUGGUUGGGAUUACAGCUCUGCUCUUGGCUUCCAAAUAUGAGGAGAUGUUUUCUCCAAAUAUUGAAGACUUCGUUUACAUCACAGACAAUGCUUAUACCAGUUCCCAAAUCCGAGAGAUGGAAACACUGAUUUUGAAAGAACUGAAAUUUGAGUUGGGUCGACCUUUGCCACUACAUUUCUUAAGGCGGGCAUCAAAAGCUGGGGAGGUCGAUGUGGAACAGCACACUUUAGCCAAAUAUCUGAUGGAGCUGACUCUCAUUGACUACGACAUGGUGCAUUAUCACCCUUCAAAGGUGGCAGCGGCUGCAUCCUGCCUGUCCCAGAAGGUUCUGCGCCAAGGAAAAUGGAACUUAAAGCAGCAGUAUUAUACUGGAUACACAGAAAAUGAAGUAUUGGAAGUCAUGCAGCACAUGGCCAAAAAUGUAGUGAAAGUUAACGAAAACUUAACAAAAUUCAUCGCCAUCAAGAAUAAAUAUGCAAGCAGCAAACUCCUGAAGAUCAGCACAAUUCCUCAGCUGAACUCAAAAGCUGUCCAAGAGCUUGCCUCCCCUCUGAUGGGACGGUCCUAGGCUGCUGUGGCCCUUGGGGAAGAGUGCUCCAUCCGUGCACUUGGUCUCGCUGAUUUGGAGCUCUUCACUUUGUAUAUAGUCCUCUGGUCUAUUUCAUGAAACCUUUCCUUAGACCUAUUUUCUAAAAUGUAUAUUGAGGAAAAAUAAAGCUGUUAAUUUUUCUUAAAGU